CUUGAUUAAUAAUUUACCCUACUAUACAAGAUGAGUCAUAUUGUAUCAGCAAGUGCUCCUUCAGCAUCUCAGCUGACCAUUUCCAAGUAUGAAAGAGGAACUGCUAAACAACAAAGAAAGGCAAAAUAUACCAAAGAUAAAAAAUUAAAUGCUGGAUUGAAAAAAAUUGAUCGUCAAUAUAAAGAAGCCACCAGAUCUGCUGCUGGUACAGAACUUCUUCUCCAAGAAGAGGCUGGGUUCUUGGAAGCUGAAGGUAUGGAAAAAACCUUCAAAUUCAAACAAGAUGAAAUUGUAGAGGCUGUAGAUGUGAGUAUGGGAGCUAAGAAGUUUGAUUUGAAAUUAGAAGAAUUUGGCCCAUAUACUAUUGAUUACUCAAGAAAUGGUAGAGGACUUCUCUUGGCUGGUAAAAAGGGUCAUGUAGCCUCUAUUGACUGGAGAACUGGGAAUCUUGAUUGUGAAUUGCACUUAAAUGAAACUGUCAAUGCCAUUAAAUCCCUUCAUAAUGAUCAAUAUUUUGCAGUAGCUCAAAAGAAAUAUACCUUCAUAUAUGAUAAGACUGGUAUGGAACUUCACAGAUUAAAGCAACACAUAGACACAACUUUGUUGGAUUUCCUUCCUUAUCAUUUCCUUUUAGCCACAGCAGGAAAUACUGGUUGGUUAAAAUUUCAUGAUGUAUCCACUGGGGUUCUUAUUAGUGAACAUCGUACUAAAUUGGGCCCAACUCAAGCAAUGAAACAAAACCCAUGGAAUGCUGUCAUGCAUUUAGGUCAUGGUAAUGGUACUGUGUCUUUAUGGUCCCCAAACAUGAGCACCCCAUUAGCAAAAUUACAAUCUUCAAGAGGUCCAAUUAGAGAUCUUGCGAUCGAUAGAGAAGGGAAAUAUAUGGCAGUUAGUUCAGCUGAUAAACAAAUCAAGAUUUGGGAUUUGAGAAAGUUUCAAGAGAUUGAUAGUUAUUAUACUCAUGCCCCUGCUACCUCUUUGGACUUUUCCGAUACUGGACUUCUUUCUGUUAGUUGGAGUUCGAAUGUAACCAUAUGGAAAGAUGUCACGAAAACAAAACAGACCCUGCCUUAUAUGAACCAUCAAUACCCUGGAUCUAGAGUGGAAAAGAAUAAAUUUGUUCCAUUUGAAGAUAUUUUAGGUGUUGGUCAUCAAAAGGGUGUUUCAUCAAUAAUUGUUCCUGGAUCUGCCGAAGCCAAUUAUGAUGCUCUUGAACUUAAUCCUUAUGAAUCUGCCAAGCAAAGACAAGAGCAAGAAGUCAGAUCUCUUCUUAAUAAACUUUCUCCAGACACAAUUUCGAUGGAUCCAAGUGUUAUUGGUACUGUUGAUAAACGUGCCAGCAGCAUACGAUUGAAGCAGGGUGAAAUCAACGAAUUGACUCCAACUGAAGCCGAUGCUGAAUCAAAAAUGACAAUAAGACCAGAUGUAAAGGCUCAAAACUCCAAGCUUCGUAGUCAUUUGCGUAAGAAGAAGCAAAAUGUCAUAGAUCAGAGAAAGAUGCGCAUAGAAAAGAACCUUAAGAUGGAAAAGGAAUUAAGACAAAAGAGACAUCGCGCUUUCAAGGGAAUUCCUGAAGAAAAGGAUCUCUUGGGCCCUGCAUUGGCCAGGUUUAAAUAGACUUGUCAUCAUUUAAUGUACAGAAUAGCAUAUUACGUU